AUGCAGCUGCCAAGCGAGAUAUGGGCCAACAUCAUCCAUAUGUGUGCAGACCAGAAAGAUCUAUGGCUUAACCUCCGCCAUGUCAACCAGCAAUUGCACGCCGGUGUGGAAAAGCACUUUGCCGACAACAUCAUCAAGGACAUGGUCAUCAGCUUACCCAUCAGGUUGCCGUCGUAUGACGCCCGCAGUCAAGCGGGAGGGAAAGCCAUUUUCCGCUUUUACAAGGAACGUCUGGACGGUCACACAGAGCACGACGCUCACAGCGUGUUCUUCAAGCUGAGUGAGACGGAGCCAGAACGCCACCUCGACCCCUUCUUGGGUAGGUGGCGUGGCAUGACAGACGGUGGCCGCAUCCGCGAGAGCGUCAAGUUUGAUGUCAAGCUGCCCGAGAGACACUCCAGUGCCAGGCUCGAGGACUGCUGUGCCGUGACCAAAGACAUCGAUGAAGGCCAGGCGUUGCUCAAGUUUGACUGGCAGCCGACGCUGACUGACUUCUACCGCUGA